AUGGAAAACCCAACAGCCCUGGCGGCUUUGGAGGAAAAACGAGCCGAUUAUCCCGCCCAUCCAAUCUCCCAACUUCAGGCUCCAUUCGAGGAAUCAAUCGUGGAGACGAAUGAUGGCCCAGAAAGCGAAUGGGUCGUCGAGAUGGAUGCACAGUCGCGCCGACGAGAUCUACUAGAGAACGACGAGUACGAACGGCUGUGUGGCCGGAAAUGGCGCCAAAGAGAAACCGAAAGGUACCAUCCUUUCUGGAAAUUGAGCUCUCAGAUGGUCUUUGGCGUGCAUCUCCUAGCAAAGCGACAGGCGAAAUCAGAGGCAGAGGUCAUGAAAAUCCUACAGACGCAUGUGGAUGAGAUGGACGGAUUUUUGGAGAGGACGACGGAGGACUUCUUGAUCAUUCGCCUGGAUGUCUACACUAGAAUCCAGUACCUGAGUCUCCCUCUCGGGAACCUAGAGGCGUUUGAUGAAAUGUUGGAUGACCGCAACUUCCGACUAUCGCUUAUCUCCUACAACGAUCAGAUCGAGCACGCGAUUGAACGAUUCACGGUUGCCAUUACCGACUCUCUCAAAGACAUUCGCAAAGGAAAGGAGGCUAUGCGUGCCCUUUGGCACUAUUUGCGGCAGCUCGCGGAUGAAGGUUGUUUUGUGUCAGAGAGUCUUGAUGCUUUCUAUCGGGCCAUGGCAGACAACAUGGAAGGUUGGAUGGAUGCUUUCUCAAAACUUCGUCGACAAGCCACAUCUCUUCACAAGGCACUGAGCGAUCUCAAUCUGGCAGUUACCGAGAUGCAACGACGAGUGGGUGUAGCCAGCAGGAAGCCUUUGCGGUCUUCCAUCCAAGUACCCAAUCGAGGCCCAGUUCGUCGCAGGUCGGUCAGGCAAAAACUCUUUGAAAAAAGGCCCUCUACCCUCUCAUCUCGGCCCGUUUCGAACAAGCCUCUUCCACGGGCCCCUAGCGUGAUUAAACCGAAAUCCACGCCAACGACUUCAAAGACGACCGACCUUGCAGCAGACACAGAGAAUGGCGAACCGGACCCCAAUAGCGCCAACGUUAUGACGAACGUUGACUCUCAGCCCAGAGCCUUGAAUCGUGCCAAAUCAUGCAGUGCAUUGGGAGUAGUAGCCGAGGUCCCUGAACCCGCGUCAUCAUCUUCCCCUCGAACGCCAGGCAGACUUGUUAGAAAGUUUUCCAGAUCUUUCCUGCCAAAAAGAUCCGUCAGUGAAAGACUCAACACGACAGAGAAUCGACCCGCAACAGCCCCUUCGAGGACGCUUCGACCCUCACGCAGCGUCUCAAUAGAGAAUUUGAAGGCUCUUUACACGAGUGGACGCCCGCGCACGCAACAGUCCGCGUCACAGUCCGGACAGCAGCAGACCCAGACACCGCUUAUUGGCCGAGGGAAUACCAUGAAGGAGCAUAUUUCGCAUUACCUGAAGGCGGACCGCGUGGUGGAGGCAUGGGACAACAUGGCUAAGAAGUCAGCAUACAGUCCCAAUUUGCCACCAAAAACCAAGGACUGGCCCCGCAGCAUAUUCCGAGCGAGAUCCACGAAAAACACACGAGCUCGUUCAGCCAACAUAAAAACGACUCUGACCAAGGCCCAAUUGGAGCGGCAGAUGUCAUGGGUGCACGCGCCUGAGCUUCUGAACACCUACUCGUUCAGAUCAAGACCUGAAACGGCCCCUCGGAUACAUGUGUUAUCAGUUCAAACGAACCUAGACGAGGAAUUGGAUCGAUACAGUGAAAAAGAUAACGCCCGCGAUGUGGCCGAUGAAGCGAGCUCAAUAAUCACUGCGCUUCCAACAGUGCCACCUCCGACACCCAGUUCGCCGUUUCACCCAGUGAGUCGGCCGGUCACUGCUGAGACUAGACCUCGCACUGUCGACUGUCCCCGAGCUUGA